AUGGGAGUACCAGCGUUCUUUCGUUGGCUGAGCCGCAAGUACAGCAGCGUUAUUGUCGAAUGUGUUGAACAAAGGCCAACCGACGUAGAUGGCCAACUCGUUUACGUAGAUUCGUCCCUACCAAACCCAAAUGGUGUGGAGUUCGACAAUUUGUAUUUGGACAUGAACGGCAUCAUCCAUCCAUGUACGCAUCCUGAGGAUAAACCACCUCCUAAGGAUGAGGACGAGAUGAUGGUCGCCAUCUUCGAGUGCAUUGACCGAUUGUUCCGUAUCGUGAGGCCUAGGAAGUUGUUGUACAUGGCUAUUGAUGGUGUUGCUCCUAGAGCUAAAAUGAACCAACAAAGGUCAAGAAGAUUUAGAGCAUCUAAAGAAACUCAGGAAAAGAUUGAGGAAAUUGCCCGUAUUCGGUCUGAAUUGCAAGCUAAAGGAGCAUAUCUGCCACCUGAGAGGCCUAAGGAAGCUCAUUUUGAUUCCAACUGUAUUACACCUGGUACACCUUUCAUGGACAGAUUGAGUAAAUGCUUACAUUAUUAUAUACAUGACAGAUUGAACAAUGAUCCUGGUUGGAAAGGAAUCAAAGUAAUACUAUCAGAUGCCAAUGUCCCGGGUGAAGGAGAGCAUAAGAUUAUGGACUACAUUAGAAGACAGAGGGCUCAACCAGAUCAUGACCCAAACACCCAACAUGUACUAUGUGGAGCUGAUGCAGAUCUGAUUAUGUUGGGGCUUGCAACACAUGAACCUAACUUCACUAUUAUUAGGGAGGAAUUUAAGCCUAAUAAACCCAGACCUUGUGAUGUCUGUGGACAGACAGGACAUGAGAUGAAAGAGUGUACAGGCACAACCCCUGAUGCAGCAUUGGUUCGAUCAGAUCCAGCUUUUGGGAACCAGGAUAGUUUUAUAUUUGUGAGACUGAGUGUGUUGCGGGAGUACCUCGAAAAAGAGUUACAAAUGCCGAAUUUACCGUUCAACUAUGAUUUUGAACGUGCAUUAGAUGACUGGGUGUUUAUGUGUUUCUUCGUGGGUAAUGACUUCUUACCACAUUUACCCAGUCUGGAGAUCAGGGAGGGAGCGGUCGACCGGCUUGUCAAUUUAUAUAAGAAGUGCGUCUAUAAAACUAGGGGAUGGAUAACAGAUUCUGGAGAUGUGAACCUUGACAGGGUUCAAGUCAUUAUGGAUGAGCUUGGUCGUAUGGAAGAUGAAAUCUUUAGGCGGAGACAUCAAAAUGAAGUCAGCUUCAAAGCGCGCGAAAAAGCUAAAAAACAACAAAAAAUCAAUUUUGAAUUGUUGGAAAGAACACAAUUUGCUCCAAUGCCAUUGGGUGCUGCCUCGAAGUCAGUAGAGAAUGCGCGUCAGGAAGCCGCCAAUAUACGUUUAGCUGGUAUGCAGGCUGUCGCUGCGCAAGAAGCAGGAAGAGAUCAACGUGGCAGAAAGCGGUCCGCGGCCGAGGCGGGGCUCGACGAUGAUGAUGACGAGAAGCACGAUGAGGUGCGUCUCUGGGAGGACGGCUUCAAGGAACGCUACUAUGAGAGCAAGUUCGAGGUGGCCAGAGACAAUUUGGAGUUUAGAUACCGCGUGGCGCUGCAGUACGUGCGCGGCCUGUGCUGGGUGCUGCGCUACUACUACCAGGGCUGCGCCAGCUGGAAGUGGUACUUCCCCUACCACUACGCGCCAUUCGCCUCCGACUUCGUCAACAUACAGGGACUGUCCACCAAGUUCGAGAAGGGCACGCAGCCUUUCCGCCCCCUGGAGCAGCUGAUGGGCGUGUUCCCUGCCGCCAGCGCGCAGCACGUGCCGCGGCCGUGGGCGCAGCUCAUGAGCGACCCGUUCUCUCCAAUUAUCGACUUCUAUCCCACGGACUUCAAGAUCGACCUGAACGGCAAGAAGUUUGCUUGGCAGGGUGUAGCUCUGCUGCCAUUUGUAGAUGAAGCCAGAUUGUUUAAGGCUCUCGAACCAUAUUAUAAAGAUUUGACACAGGCCGAAAUACAGCGUAAUAUAAAAGGCCACGAUCGUCUCUACGUAGCGCCGGCCAACAAGAGCUACGAGUUCCUGCAAGCGUUGUACCAAGAAGCGGGGGCAGAUUUGAGGAAGUUAAUAGAGAACGAACAGCGGUACCCAUUCCGUUGUGAGGGCGUUCGUGGCGACGUUAUGCUCAGUGCCGACAAUGUGUGCAUUGGGGGUCAACUAGCAUCACCAGUGAUCGGUCUCCGCCCGGUCCUGGACAACCGGGUCAUCUGCGUCAGGUUCCAAGACCCUCAGUACCCGGAGGAGUUCAUCUUCCCCGCGAGGAGGCUGCGCGGUGCCGUGGAGGCGCCCAGGGUGUUGAAGCCAGGGAACCUGUCCCAUGAGGAAAAUAGAAACUGGAGACCACAGAUUGGCAUGGUGCGGUCGAACACGGUCGCGUCGCUGGAGGCCGCCGGGCACAGGAUGCUGGGCCACCAGCUGUCGCGCAGCCACUCCUACGGCAGCGUGCCGCCGCCGCCCUCGCACCACAAUCGUUCGCAAUCGCAAUCACAGUCUUUUGGACCACGGCGUGGCGGUUACGUGCCCAAUCAACAAUACAACCAAGGGUACGACCAAUCGGGAUACCAGUCAGGGUCAAACCAAGGCAGAUACGGUCACAACCAGGAUAGACACGGCUCUAGCCACGAUAGAUACAGUGGCUCGAACCAAGGUUACAGGCAAAACCAAGGCCACAGAUACCAAAAUCCAAACCAAGGCUAUUCCUCGAACCAGCAGGGACACCACAGACAGAAUAACACAUCACGAGAUGGUCAGAGAAAUCACAACGGUCCGCGACCGUCUGGUCCGAAAGAUGUUGCAGUGCAUCAAUUUCUACGACGUUCAACCUACCGCCAGGAACUUUCC